AAAUCCUCUUUCCUAGUUCGGAAUAGAAUCUGUGCAGAGGCACCGACGGGGACAUUCUGAAACGGCAGCGUUUUCUCCUCUCCUUUCCGUGCUCGCCGGCGUGAGAUCCAUUCUGUCACCGGCGAUCUCACCACCACCGGCGGUUUCCGCGUUCAAAUCGAUUUUGCGUCGUUUAUUUGCUAAAUCAUCUUCCUCAUUCGUUCUGUAGCACAGGUUCCGCACACUAAGCUUAUGCUGGUAAGAUUUGUGUUGCUAGAAGUCAAUGGCAUCAGGUGAAGGUGAUACAAGUGAAAUGAUGGAAACUCAUGCAGAAGAUUCUUCUAUACCCGAGGAACAGUUGCCUGAUGUGAGUCAUCAUUACAAAGAUGAAAACAAUGGAAAUAUUAUAUUGGAAAACGGUUUGUCUGAUGGCAAUCAAGGUCCAGAUGACGCUCACGAUCAGCUUCUACAAAUGGUUGUGGACCUCAGAUUUCAGAAUGAAUUCUUGAAGUCACAAUUUGAGGGAUUUAGCAAUAUAAACACUGUACAUAGUGACUCUAAUAUGCAGAAAGGAGUUGGUAACCUGGAAGAUCGGGAAUCUGACAUUGUGAAAGAGCCACAGGAAAGGAUACAAUCGUUAAAUAAAGAAUUUCUGGAAGAAAAACAAACAAGAAUUGCAUCUGAAGAGGCUUUGAAGCACCUUCAAAUAGCAUAUUCAGAGGCUGAAGCCAAGGCCCAAGAGCUCUCUGAAAAGCUUGCAGAAGCUCAAACGAAGUUGGACCAAGAAAUUAAAGAGCGUGAAGAGAAGUACUCUGAACUUGACUCAAAGUUUAAUAGGCUUCACAAACGAGCAAAACAGCGCAUUCAAGAAAUUCAAAAGGAAAAAGAUGAUAUUGAGGCCCGCUUAUCUGAGGUGAAUGAAACUGCAGAGAGAGCAUCAUCCCAACAGUCAGCAUUGCAACAAGAGUUAGAGCGCACUAGGAAGCAAGCAAAUGAGGCAUUGAAAGCCAUGGAUGGUGAUAGGCAACAAUUAAGAAGUGCAAACAACAAACUUCGAGAUACCAUUGAGGAUUUAAGGCGGUCAUUGGAACCAAAAGAGAUUGCUCUUGAGGCAUUGCAACAGUCACUUGCAGAAAAGGAACAGAUGUUGGAAGAUAUGAGAGGUUUGCUUCAGGCUGCUGACGAAAAAAGGCAAGCUGCACUAGCUGAGCUCUCAGCUAAACAUCAAAAGAAUAUAGAGAGUUUGGAGGCUCAACUUAAUGAUGCAUUGUCCGAUAGAAGUAAGGCAGCUGAAUCCAUUUCUUCAUUGCAGGUUCUAGUUGCAGAAAAAGAAUCUAGAAUUGCAGAGAUGGAAGCAGCAUCAUCUGGGGAAGCAGCACGACUCAGAGCAUCUGUGGAGAGUGUAAAGGGGGAGCUUUCUCACCUAAAACAGGAGCAUGAGAAAGAGAGGGAAAGCUGGGAGACUGCAUCUCAAGCCCUUAAAGCAAAACUUGAAACUGCAGAGAGCAACUGUAUUCGUUCAGAAGUUGAAGUAGCAAAAAUAAGAAGUCAGCUAGAAUCAGAGGUAUCUGCACAAACAAGGCUCCUUAACAUGAGAGAUACUGAAUUGUUGGCUUCCAAGGAAGAGAUCAGCUCUCUUGAGAGGGAAUUUUCUUCGUACAAGGUUCGUGCACAUGCACUUCUUCAAAAGAAGGAUGCUGAACUGGCUGCUGCUAAAGAUUCUGAACAACUCAAAGCUCUUGAGGAAACUCUAAAAGAGGUUGAAAAUGAAGUAUUAUCUAUAACAGAAGAAAGGGAUAGAGUUCUUCAAGAUCUUCAAUCUGCUAUGGCUAAUCAUGAGAAAGAACUAGCAGAAAGAGACACAGACCUUGAAAAUGUCAAGCAACAACUAAGGAGCUUAGAAAUAAAGCUUGACUCAGCUAAUGCUCAGCACCUAAAAGAGAAAGAGGAUUGGGGACUAAGCCUUAAAAAUGUGGAAGAAACAUGGAGAAUCAGAUGUGAGGCAAUGAAGGCUGAAAAUGAAGCAACUGCUACAAAAGAUAGGCAAAAGGAACUGGAAGAACUCAAACAGCGAUGUAAAAAAUUGAAGGAAGAGCAUGCUUCAUUUCAUGAUCUUGCUGAUAGGAUGAUUGAGGAGAAAGAUAAUGAAAUAUCCAGACUUCUAGAUGAAAAUAAGAAUCUUCGUCAGUCUCUUCAAUCAAGACCUCGAGUCGAUCAAAAUGAUAAUCAUACAACAGCCUUGCAUAAAUUGGAUUCAACAAAUUUAAGUCCCUCAGCUGCAGAACAGCAAAUUCUGCUUUUGGCUAGACAACAAGCCCAAAGAGAGGAAGAGCUAGCACAGUCACAGCGCCAUAUUUUAGCUCUUCAGGAAGAAAUUGAGGAGCUUGAACGUGAGAAUCGUCUCCACAGCCAACAGGAGACAAUGUUAAAGGCUGAGCUUCGCAACAUGGAAAGAUCAAAGAAAAGGGAAGGUGUAGAUAUGACAUAUUUGAAAAAUGUUAUCUUAAAGCUGCUUGAGACUGGUGAAGUUGAGGUAUUACUACCAGUUAUUGGAAUGCUGCUUCAGUUUAGUCCAGAAGAGAUGCAGAAGUGUCAACAGGCAUAUCACAACUCAACAGAUGUGCCGCCAAGUCCUGCAAGUGAUGCUUCAGGAUCUGGCCUCUCUCUUUUCUCAAGAUUCUCAUUUACUUAAUGGCAUAAAUGGGAGUGCUGGAGAAUUGUUUUAUUGUUUGUUAGAAUGUCUGCUCUGCCAUCCAGCUGCAGCAGUAUGUUUGUUUACUCGCUGUUGCUGAGAAAGCAGGUUUGUUUAUGUAAUUAGGGGGAAAAAUUGUUGGCUACAACAUCAAUUGUCCCCUGCAAGUGUUUGGAAGCUGACAAGCUGUAAAGAAGCAUCAAGGGUAAUACAACAAAUAUCACAACAGGGAAGGAGAACUCACGGGAUGUUCUACUUGUUAUUUGGCUGAGGAAGCAACAAUAUAAUUCAUUUUUUUAACAUAGAAUAUGUUGAGUCAAAAAGCAUUGCUAAAAAACUGUAUCAUACCCUUAUAUACAAAUUUUCAAAUUGACAAUGCCAAAGGAAUGUGUUCUCUUUCUGAGUUCAGGCUUGCAAAUAAUGAUAAGGCAUGCUUCACAAAGAUUUGCUUUUCGUUGGUGAAUCAGAAAUUUUGUGUAUUAUAUUAUGAUUGGGUGGAGCUGUAUGGUUAUUAUAGGCCAGUUCGGGGCGUGCUGAGUUGCUCAAUCUGGUCAUGUUAACGGCUUACCGGAGGUCCGGUAAGAUUGAUUCGGCAGGCUCUCGAACAACUUCUUAGUAAAUUACUGUUGCUUGAUAUUGUAAGCACUCCGUUUUCUUGUGG